GCAGUGCGGACUCCUGAUAUAAGAUCGCUCCACGCGGGAGAGAGCCCCGCCAUCAAGAUCACCCCCCGCGGCUUAUCUGUGUCGGAGGUCCACAGAUGGUGGUUGGUAAUCAUCCACAGCUCCUAUCAGCACCUAAGGGUUUCCCGGGAGCGCUGACAGCCCCGGAUGAGCUCCGAUGGUCUGGGAUUGGGGCCUUUAUCUCACUGUAAGCAUUGAUUACUCGAGUCGCUCGCAGGAAUGCUGGUCAAGUUUGCAAAGUCUCGGUGGGGUUGGGCUGAUAUCUGAUGGUCGACAGGUUUCAAAGAUCAUUAGAGUGUUCUGGGGACGGGCUGCGCCAAUGAUCGAAGCUAAUGAUAGCGUGCUCUGCUGCUCUCCGCUCGAGCGAUGGUUUUGAGGGCAGUUGUUGCGUGGAGAAUGGAAAGGGUGAGGGGAAAGGUGAGAAUGGCGCCUCUGAACCUCCUCCCUUUCCUGGACGUGAACGUUGGAGCAUUUCCGAGUCCCCAGUAUACGGUAUACGCGUAUCGUACCGGAUAUCCCACGCUUUAUCAUGCAAAAUCGUCUGGUCGACAUCAAAGCUUGUCCAAAUUCCUAACCAAAUUUCCCCCGGCGCUGACCACCCCGGUGAGGAUUUGGGGGCGGGGAGGGUGAAACCUCCAAGGGCCACCUCUGGAUGUGGUACAAUCGCUAUCUGUUCUGCGACGUCUACUGUACUGGUCGGUUCCAAGGGAUUGACCCUGGUUUUCGCCUCCAAUGUGCGCAACAGAUGCUCAUGCUUAUUGGGCACAUGCCCGCCUCUCACGGUAGCCUUGGUGAAAUCCCUACCCUAACUCACCCUGCCAUAACCUGUCGGAUAUUGAAGCGAGAAACCCGUUGACGCCUCCAAAGCUUAUUUCUGAACCAGUUGUUCCGAAACUUGGCCAUAAACUUCACCUACCGCUGACCCUUUUUUCCCACGGGGAACUGCACGAGUGCUAUACAUGCCCGGGAAAAUCUGCAAGCUUGCGCUUUCAGGAUACAUAUUGGGUGCCGGAUGUCUUGAACCAUUGCCUCAGCAUAGCUGUGCGGGGUUGCCAGGUUGCCUGCAACCCUUCGUGGCCUGGCAUUGUGGGAAAAGAAAAGAAGAAAAGAAGAAGAAAAAACCCAUCAAAUACGAACGGUGCUGUGCUGAUAGACUACUGCACGCUCGGUAAGGGCCAACCUACCGCAAGGCAUCGGUGGCCUUACGCCAUUUCCCAAUCACAUCGGGGAACUAGCGCCACACGAAUCUUCCUCCCUUGUGGAUCGCUACACCUCAUCUUUCUCGGGUAGUUCCUCCCUCCUCGGUACAGCGUUCCACCCGAUCAAUAAUAUCCGGUGGCACAAUACCCUAUUUAGACGCACUGGUCUUUGGUUUAUAGAGCCUCUGGAUUGCCUGUGCUAGGCAGCCCUGACCUACUGAGAGAUUUUACAACCUGAUUGAUGUUUUGUCUAGGGCUUGCGGCCAUCUACCUCGAGGCAUUUCCCGUGUCCGUCAUGGAUACAGUACUCAUUGCCAGGAAGUUUCCUGGGGGAGGUAUCAUAUCAUAUCCAGACCGCCGAGAACCGGGACGAUCAAUGCAGAAGCCCGCGGCCAAAGGGAUCUGGGAUGUUACACAUCAAACAGGGAGGUCUUCUUGAGAACAUGGAUGGGAUUCUAAAUAAGUCCGCAGUCGAACAUCUUCAAAAUCCUCCUGAAUUCACCCGUUUUUGAGUGGCCAAUUCCGUGCUUGUUCUCCACAGCUCGUUAAUCCCUGGCGCGCACGGUGCUUGUGCUGGUGGUUUGGGUGUUUCUUCAAGAAUGGCUUUGUGACUACCGUACUGUACGGUUAGGCCAUGGAAGUCAGUGUUGCAUUUACUGGUAUUUCAAAGCUGCUUUGGAAGCACUUCCUUUUCCUGAUUCCGGCGGGACACGGUGCAUCAUAUUAUGAUACUCGCACCGGGUUACAGAACUCAGCGCUUCUUAUUAUGAUUAAUCAUACAUAUGUGCUUGUGUGCAGCGAUUUCUCUA